UUAUAAAAAUAAUUUAAGGAUAAUUAUGAGAUGGCAACUUUAAAAAUUGUUGAUUUUGUGAAAUCGAUGAUUUGAUCUGCUUGGGGGAUAUUCCCUUUGAAAUAUUUAACUUAUCUAUAAUAUUUUUAUUAUGUGGAAUUGAAAACUGCGGUUAUGCGAAGGGUGGCUAUGAUGACCAUACCUUCUUUGACUAAAUCAUGGCUACUUCUGCUCUGUGCAGAAAUUGUGUGGCAUAAGGAACAAAAGAAUAAUUAACAAGUUGUGUUCUGCAUCGGCCAUAUCUUCAUGUUUUAGUUAUUACUCAUAGUGCUGUGAUGAUUUUUGUUUUACAUGCAACCUUAAAAAUUAACCCUUCAAAUGUUGACGAUGACUGCAAUGCAACCAUUUAACCAAAUAUAAAGCACUUAUUUUCUACUUGCGCUCUCUUGCUUGAAAUCAACCACUAAUUGGGAUUUUCAGGAUAUUAAUUGAUAGGUGCGCAUUGAAUUUUCACAAUAUUUCUUAGUGAUAAUGAUUAUAAAAUCAGCUGUUACACCGUAGUUGAAGGAAAGUGAAGUAUUGACAAAUCAAGAUUGUGUGAAGUGUGACAAGUGUUUUAACAAGGCCAUAUCUUUUUGAACUUUUUCCAGCAGCUCACAAGCCAUUUCAAUUCAAGUUCUUAUGAAGUCUGAAUUGAAAAUUGAUGAUUUUAUAAUGGCGGCAAAAAAGCAGACUAUAACAAGAGUCCGCAUUGCACGUGAAGAGCUUGAAAAAAUGACUAGAGAAGAUCUCCAAAAAUGCUGGAACCUACAGGAUCAGUAUGUUGAUCUUCUUGAAACAAAGUUGAGCAGUAAUAGUGAACAUACUGAAUUAAUGAGCUUGAGAGAAUCUGAAGAAAAAUUAAAACAACAACAAUUAGAUGCAAGUCGAAGAGAAAAUAUCCUUGUAAUGAGACUGACUACAAAAGAGCAUGAAAUGCAAGAAUUCGCUGGACAAAUUCAAGAACUGAAGCAAGCACAAAUUCCUACCAUUGCUCAACUUCGAUCUGCUCUAUUGGAUCCAGCUGUGAACUUAUUAUUUGAGCGAAUGAGAAAAGAAAUGGACUCCCUUAAAGCUCGUUUGGAAGAAACACAGAAUGAACUCAGCGCAUGGAAAUUCACUCCUGACAGCAAUACUGGCAAGAGGUUAAUGGCAAAGUGUCGACUUUUAUACCAAGAGAAUGAGGAACUUGGUAAAAUGAUAUCAUCAGGAAAAACUGCUAAACUUGAAGGAGAUCUUGCAUUGCAAAAAAGUUUCAGUGAAGAAAUGAAAAAGAGUCAGUCAGAACUUGAUGAAUUUCUUUUGGAACUGGAUGAAGAUGUAGAGGGAAUGCAAAGUACUAUAUAUUAUUUGCAACAGCAAUUACGAGAGGCUAAAGAACAAAUCAGCCAACUUCAAAAGGAUAAAACUGGGUCCACAGAUCUUUCUAAUUCUUCUCCUCUCAGCUUAAGCCAGCUAGAAAACACUGAAAAUGGUUAUAAAACACCAGAGCCUAACUUCAUUUCUAAUUCAGAUACUAUGCCAGACUCUUUAUCAAAUGAUAUUAAUGAACUUUCAAUUGAAUCUAAGGUAAAAACUGAACCCCAUUCACCUUAUGAGAAAAAUCUAUCUGAUUCUGAAGAACUUAAUGAUGGAAAAGCUUCACCAGGUACUAACAUUCCUAUGCAGACAGUCAUUGUUAAAAAUGAAAGGACCCUUGAGUCACCUGUUAGUAUUUUGGACAAAGAUUUUAAAUCUGUAAUAAAAAAUAAAGAAAUUAUUAACCAUGAUAAAAAUGUUCCUGAAGAAAAAAUAAAUGAACUAAAUUCUGCUAUGGAUACCUCAGAAACUGCGCUUGUAAUUACGAACGAUCAUAAUUCAGAACAUAAUAAAGGAGAAAAUCUUUCUAAUAACUCUAAGCUCUCUGAAUCGCAAAACAAAGCUACAACAAACUCUAGUAAAAAGGCGCCAGAAACUGGAAAAGGGCGCAAGAGGACUAGACCGCGUACACCUGUAGAAUCGGAAAUUAUCAAAGAUGAAUCUUCUUUACCAGUGAGGAAAAGGACUCGACGUCGGGAAGCAGAACGCCUUCAAGCUCUAGAAGAAAAGCCAUUGACUGUUGAAAUAAACACGGAUGCUGAAUUUCAGGCAGCACAUACUUUAGCGUCAUGGGCAUCAAAACAAGAAAGGACAGAACCUGACACAGCAUGUAGUACUCUUGGAAAUGGUGAGCUAAAAAAAGAGGAUAGUGAUAUUAAGUGAAGUAUGGUUUUAUAUACUAGCUAUGGUUGUGUUAAUGUGUGUUGAUUUUAGAAUAAGACACAUUGCCCAGUCAAUAGCUUCAAAAUCAAAUUUAUGUUUUCAAUUUUUUUCUCCUUUUUUAGUCUCAAUUUAAUGGAUGUGUCCUCUCAAAGUUGCAUAAUGUCAUAUUUUUCAUUUUUAUAUUUUUGAAAAAUUUCAUUAUAUUUUAAGUACAUACAUUGUGUAAUACUUAACUGUAAAGUUAAAUGCAAAAUUUAGCUUUCCAUUCACUUUGUCGAUUUAAGAUUUUUUUUUCUUCUCCCCCAUAAAUGAGUGUAUGUCUGUUUUCAUUUUGUGAAGACUAUAAGAACGUCAUUUGUUGAAUUAAAAUUUUAUAUGAAACAAAUAAAAAAAAAUUAGUUCUUUUGCCUA